GUGUGGACAAGCGGUUCAGAGGAUGCAUGUGCAUUUUUGUUAAUGUUGAGCUACAUUCAAAAUAAAGUGAUUGAAACUAAAAAGACAUACUCACUACAAAACCCUAUUUAAUGCCAGUAAUUGACUGAUCCAUUCCAUCAAAAUGUGCAACAUUCCUGGCGUUAUCGAUGGCUGACACUCAGGAACACCAGACAGAAGCCGUAAAUAGUGGAAGCAAGUUGAAGGCGGUGCCACACUUCUGUUUGUCCUAUUCUGCCUGAGGGUUUUACUGCUAGCUAACAGCAGGACACAGAAACACGGGUAAAUUUUCUGUUUACAGCAGGUAGAAAUUUUAGAGAUCUGAAUAAUGACAGAAAUGCCAUUAAAAUAAUCAGUCUGGGAAAUUUUUAGAAAUCGUAACUCGAAUGUUCAUAAGGAACCAGUGUAUGUAUAAUGAUUACUGGAAAUUACAUAUUGUCCACCUGCAACAUAUUGAUGAGGGAGACACUUUAGUUAUGUUCUGCUUUCUUUUAGCAAUAUUAAAAGCAUUUUGUCUAAAAACAUGUUGCACUUGCGCUGUGAUAGUGACAGGCUGCAAAUGGAAAGUUUUUGCUUUGUUACCUCUCGCCAGCACUGAGGUUUGGCUUUGAAUUAGAGAAGAAAAAGGAUAAAUGGAUUCAGUCCCCUGUAACGGAAAGAAAUCUUGUUUUCAUUAGAACAAGCAAAUUAUUGAAGCUUUGUGGUCUGGAAAAGUGGAGAAAUCGAUUGGAAUGUCAUUACUGGUGCAUAAGUCAUUACUGAGUGCAAUGCUGGAUGAGUGAACUGUGUAAGUAAGUGACAGGUGUCAGGAGGGCAGUGUGAACGGCUGCAGAUCAUUGGUGCAAGUGGACAUGCUGUGACAGGUGCCCAGGGGCUACUCACUGAGGAGGCCGCUUGCCCUGCACUGUCAUUGGAUGAGACAGGCUGUCACUCUGCACUCCUCUCAGGAGCUGUUGCCUCAAUGUUUUGGGUUGAUGCAGAAUUGGGCAGUGAGAUAUACUUGGAUGGUAUAAUUACAGUCAUAGAUGCAAAAUAUGGAUUGAAGCAUCUGAUGGAAGAAAAACCGGAAGGCUUAGUUAAUGAGGCUGCAAGGCAGAUCGCACUGGCUGACCUGGCCAUCAUCAAUAAGACUGACUUAGUUAAUGAAGAAGAGCUGAAUCAACUCCAAGAGACAGUCAGGUCAAUAAAUGGACUUGUGAAAAUUGUAGAAACUCAGAAGUCCAGGGUUGAUUUAUGCCAAGUACUAGAUUUGCAUUCCUUCGACAGCAAGAGUGGUGCAAGGCUGCAAGAAAAACUACAGCUUGUGAAAACAACUCGACCACAUCUAGACAAGAACAUUUUGACUGUGACAUUCGAAGUUUGUGGGAGUGUUUUUGAGGAAGACCUAAACAUAUUUAUUCAGAAUCUUUUAUGGGAGAAGACUUUUAAAAACAAAGAUGGUUUGGUAAUGAAUGUUAUACGAUUAAAGGGUAUUGUGUCCCUCUGGGGAAAGACCCACCAGGUGAUUGUGCAAGGGGUGCACGAGUUGUAUGACCUGGAAGAGACUCCACAAGUGUGGAGUGAAUCUGAGCCCAGGGCCAAUCGCCUGGUCAUCAUCGGGAGGAAUUUAGACCAGGAGGUUCUUCAGCAGCAGUUCAUUGCUACAGUUUUGAACAAGAAGAAUAGGGACUGAAAAAUGGGGGUAUUCAUUGUCUUUGUGAUACUGUGGGUAAACAGCUCAUUAUGAAUAAUAUAAGAAUGAAUGUCUGUCUCUUCAUCUUAAAAAUAUGCUACUAAAAUUAUCUUUGAUUGUCAUACCACAUAUGGAGUGUAAUCCUCCCAGCUAUUAAAGCUGCUGUGUAACAAAUGACUAUCUUCACAGCAUGCCAGUAAAGCUCUUCCGGCUCUCAGUGCCAGAAUUGCGUUUGUGUCUUUGCCUGUUGGUUGUAGGUGGUCAUGGAAAAUGGAGCUUUGUAGUCGGUACUUCAUGUUUUUUUCUUUAAUGGCAUUCCCUCUAACAUUUUUUUUUUUUUUUUUUAAUAAAUAUCCCUAGUCCACAAGAUAGUAAAGGUGACAUUUAUAAGGUGCUGCUGACAUAAGAAGUGAUGAUUAUUUUAGUUACUGCCAGAAUUAUGGCUGUAUUGCAAUCAUUCAUAUUUCAGACUCUUAUUCUCUGUUUGUUUAUUAGUUAAACUUAUGUUAAAAUGUAGCAUUAUAGGAUAUACUUUAAAUGAUUGACAAACUGAUACUUGAAAAAGUAUGUAGGUGGGAUAAUGUUCUAACAUUAUUAUGAGCUGCAAGUAGAGAAACAUGUCUUUAGGCCUCCCUGAACAAGGGAUGUUUUUUGCCCCAGAAACAUGUUGUAUGCUGUAUUAUUCAUGUCUAUGAAAUGUGUGCAGACUGAUCUACUAUAAUUACUUUAUUUGAAGAACUAUACUACUGCAAUAACUACGAAUAUAAUUAAAGUUUGAAAAUAGAUUAAGAGGAA